AUGAAUGCUUUGAGACGCCAGCUCUAUGCUGUCAAUGCUCCCGUACAGCGAUAUUUCUCGACUUCGAGUUCACGGCACGCGACCUAUGGCUUUAUCGGGCUGGGACAGAUGGGCUAUCGUAUGGCUCAAAACUUACGAGCCAAACUGCCCAGCUCUGAUAACCUCAUAAUCCAUGAUGUGAACAACGAGACGACAUCAAGAUUCGUCAAAGAGAACUCGAAUGUAGAAAUCGGACAGGACGUCAGAGAUGUUGCCGAAAGAUCAGAAACAAUUAUCACAGCACUUCCAGGACCAUCCCAUGUCCAAAACGUCUUCAAAUCGAUGCUCAGUCCGCCUACCUUGCUCCGUGACGGCGUAAACCAGGAACGACUCUUUAUCGACUGCUCAACCAUCGAUCCUCUGUCUUCUGCAAACGUCGCUAACGCAGCUCACUCAUCCGGCCAAGGCAAAUUCAUCGACGCUCCCAUGUCUGGCGGCAUUGUAGGUGCCGAAGCAGGAAAACUUACCUUCAUGAUCGGCGCACCUCCAGAACUGGUCGACCGCGCAACUGAAGUCUUGAUGAUGAUGGGAAAACGUGUACUUCACCUCGGACCCCAAACUUCUGGAUUGAAGGGCAAACUCGCGAAUAACUACUUGCUGGCUCUUAACAACAUCGCUACUGCCGAAGCUUUGAACAUGGGUGUGCAGUGGGGAUUAGACGCCUCGGCAUUAACAGACAUGAUCAACACAAGCACAGGAAAAUGCUGGCCUAGCGAAGUCAACAACCCCGUUCCUGGCGUCCUUCCUGAUGCCCCUUCCAGCAAAGAAUAUGCUGGCGGCUUUGGCACAGCACUGAUGAACAAGGAUUUGAAACUGGCCAUGCAUGCUGCUCAGCAAUUCGGUAUCGAGCCUCGUUUGGGUCCUAUGGCUGCUUCCAUCUAUGCUGCCAUAGAGGGAAAUGAGAAGUACAAGGGCAAAGACUUUUCAGUUGUUUACAAGUAUUUACGUGGAGAGUAG